UUCGUCGCCGAACCAAAUUCUUCGGACACAAACUAGAGAAGUCUUCGAACGUCCUUAAUUAGAUCCGGAAGUUCCUUUGUGAGAGAAGAUGACAGUGAUCGACAUUCUGACCAGAGUUGACACGAUCUGCAAGAAGUACGACAAGUACGACGUCGACAAACAGCGCGAGUCCAAUAUCUCCGGCGAUGACGCUUUCGCUCGUCUCUACGGAGCUUUCGAGACUCAAAUCGAGACAGCUCUCGAGAAAGCUGAGAUUGUUACCAAGGAGAAGAACAGAGCUUCUGCUGUUGCGAUGAACGCUGAGAUCCGUCGCACAAAGGCUAGAUUGUCCGAGGAAGUUCCCAAGCUGCAGAGACUUGCUCUCAAGCGGGUAAAAGGCCUUACAACGGAAGAGCUUGCUGCGAGAAACGAUUUGGUGCUUGCGCUUCCGGCGAGGAUCGAAGCUAUACCUGAUGGGACAGCGGGUGGUCCUAAAAGCACUACUAGUGCUUGGGCUCCUUCUACAACCUCUCGUCCUGAUAUCAAGUUUGAUUCAGAUGGGCGUUUUGAUGAUGAUUACUUUCAAGAGUCGCAUGAAUCCAGCCAGUUCAAACAGGAGUUUGAGAUGCGCAAAAUUAAGCAGGACCAAGGUCUGGACAUGAUCUCCGAAGGUCUAGAUGCUUUGAAGAACAUGGCGUCUGAUAUGAACGAGGAGCUGGACCGUCAAGUUCCUCUGAUGGAUGAAAUAGACUCAAAGGUUGACAGAGCAACCUCGGAUCUUAAGAACACCAAUGUUAGACUCAAAGAUACUGUGAACCAGCUGAGAUCAAGCCGGAACUUCUGCAUCGAUAUUGUUCUGUUGUGUAUUGUUCUGGGUAUCGCUGCAUACUUGUACAAUGUACUGAAGUGAUGAGAUGAACAGGAAAGGACCCAUCACUACUCUCUCUUGCCAUCAUCUAUUAAAGUUUCUUACCCGAGUCAGUUUGUGUGUGUGUGUGUUUGUGUGCCUGUUUCUGGCGGUAUUUGUUUGAUCUUUUGACGAGAGUUUCUUCUAAGUGUCAAGACUGUUCAAGUUGUUUCUUCUAUUGAGUUAUUUCCAUGUUGUUCAUGUCCAUUACAUGAUGAAUAUAUAUAUUCUCCUUCCCGAA